AUGGGUGUUCAGAUCCCACCCACACUCCUGACGCUGGCAAGGCAGGCUCUGCUCAGAGAUGAGGCCUUGGCCAUUUCCCAUGUGGAGAACCUGCCUGUGGAGCUCUUCCCAGCACUCUUCAAGGAGGCCUUCACUGGCAGACACACUAAGAUCACGACAGCAAUGGUGGCAGCCUGGCCUUUCCCCUGUCUCCCUGUGGGGGCAUUGAUGACGACCCCUGACUUGGAAACCUUCCAGGCUGUGCUGGCAGGAGUAGACAUGCGGCUGAAAAGAAAGUUUCAGCCCAGGUGCCUGAUGACGCCUUUGGAGACCCUCUCCAUCACAUACUGCCAAAUCUCGCAGUCAGACUUGGAUGGCAUCUCCCAGUGUCAGAAGCUCUUUCAGCUAAGACAUCUGGACCUGAGUGGUGUGGUCUUACUGGAUUUGGAUCUUACACCUCUCUGCGUUCUCCUAGAGAAUACAGCACACACUUUGCAGUCCCUGGACUUGAAGGGUUGUAGGAUGACGGACCCUCAACUCGCUGACCUCAUUCCUGCCCUCAGCCAGUGCUGCCAGCUCACCAGAGUUGGUUUCUAUGACAAUUAUUUCUCCAUGCCCAUCCUGAUGGACUUUUUGCAGCACUCGGCCAAACUGAGCAAGAUGAAUGAGGAGCGAUACCCGGCCCCUCUGGAGUGCUAUUACAUGUUUGACGUCUCUAUAGAGAGAUUUACCCAACUUUGUGCUCAGCUCAUGGACACACUCAAGGCUAUCAGGCAGCCCAAGACCCUCUCCUUUGGGACGAUAAUGUGCCAUCUGUGUUGCAAGCGCUUGCUCUACCCCGAGCAGUUCGGCUGUUCUUGCUGGCAAUAA